AUGAACAAGUGGCAGGAGGGUCAGUACAAAGCCGUGAUGCUGAGGAGUCCCAUGGGGAGCGGAAAGAGCACGCUUCUUCAAGCCCUCUUGGCUGAAGAACCUGAGCCCGAGACGGUCAACAUGGCCUCUUACCGUCGCACGCAAGCUCUGGACGCUCAGGGCAAGCACAAGGACUUUUCUCACUACGAAGUCCUCAAGCAGGCAGAUGGGCGCGAGGUCGGCGGGCGCUUCAUCAGGCCUCUCGCCCACAGGGAGCUCCACCCCCGCGUCAUUUGCCAGGUCGACAGCCUGCCCGGCCUGCUGGCUGAGGAUGACGAGGACGCCCCCGCGUUCGACCUGCUCGUCCUGGACGAGAGCGAGUCAAUCUUGGCACAUCUGUCUGCCAACACGCUUCGCGAGAGGCACACCGUCAUUCGGCUCCUGGUGAGAAUGAUGAGCAGAGCGCAGCGGAUCAUCUGCAUGGACGGGCACUUGGGGCAGCGGACGUUCGAGUUCCUCACCAUGCACGGGAUUUCGUGCUCCCCCGUGGUGGUCAACACCCAUCCCCCGGAGCGGCCCCUCCAGGUUGAGUUCGUUCACGGCAAGAACAAAGGGCUCCCAAAGUGGGAGGGGGCGAUCUUUGAGGCGCUGGAGGCCGGCCGCAACGUCUUUGUGGUGAGCAUGUCCUCCGACAAAGCACGAGAGUUGGGGGCGAUGGUCGCGGAUCGGGCCGUCGUAGAGAACGACCAGAUCUUGAUCAUCACCCGACACUCAGACGGUGCGGUCAAGCGGGGGCUGCAAGACGUGAACGUGCAGUGGCGAAAGCGGCUCGUAAUCAUUAGCCCCACGGUUGAAGCAGGCGUGGACUUCAAUCAGCGUUGGUUUCAUCAGAUGUUCCUGUACAUCUGCCCGAAAAGCACGCACCCGAGGGGCUUGGAUCAGAUGAAGGGGCGUGUGCGGAAGCUGGAAGACCAACGGGUCCUGUGUUACGUCCAAGAGGGCAUCAGGCUGCCCGCUGAAGGGUCGCUGGGGGACAGCUUCUUGACGAAGAUGAAGACCGAUUCGGGCAGCAUUGCGAGGCUGGGGCUCGAAGAGACCUAUCAGUGGUUUUUGAACCAGGAUCAGAGGGGCGGGCUAGGGGUGAACUGUGCGGGUCCGAUAACCCGCCUUCUCGCUCACAAUGAGAAAGAGCUCUCUAACGGACAGACGCAUUUCUACGAAGAGUUUACAGACCUGUUGCGGAGCGACGGCCACAUUGUCUUGGGCGUGCCUGUCGAGGAGUCGGAUGACGGUGAGGCGGUCGAAGUGAAUCCAGGCGGCUCGGAAGAAGGAGGGCGCAGGGGCAAGUAUCUUCUUGAGGCGAUGAUCCGCGCCCCUAAUAUCUCGCAAGCCCAGUUUGCCGACAUCGAAGCACGGGUCCGCAAGAACCAAGACCAUGAGGGGGAGAUAAUUUCGAUGGAGAAGUACCAGCUGGCGCGGUUUUACGACGUGCCACACCUGAACGAGGACUUCCUGCGAACGGUCGGUCCGUACCCAAUCCACGCGGUUGAUUUUCUCGAGCAGGUGGUUGACGAAGGGUACAAACAUGAGGAAGCGGAGAUUGGACGGCACAGGUACCCCCCUCUGAUGGCAGAUAUGGCCAGGGAGCUCUUAAGGGUAUUGGGAUUCGGGCACCCGCUCGACUUGGCUCACAAAACGGCCCCUCUUGAGGCGCUGAGGCCGCAACUUGCUGGAACUGCCUUCUUCCAGAAUUACUCGGAGAACGCCAGGUUAUUCCAUACUCGGGCAACAGGCGCAGCUGACGCAUUGGCCUACCAGAAGUCGGCCACGAUCGGUCUUAACCACGUCUUCUCGGCGUUGGGACUGCGCUUGAAGGCAAGGAACCUGGGCAAGCUGGAGGUGAACGAUGGGAAGAGCUCAACAGGCAAGCAGCGAAGACGGAAGAUUCGAUACGGAGGCUGGUAUUUAUCGCGAAACCCUCGGAGCACGACCCGUCCUGUAUGUGGUCCUCCCGGGGUAGACGUGAUGGCUCAGUUGUUGAAGCUUCGUCUGGAGCAUUCGGAUGCGUUGAAGGCGAGGAUUCCGGCAACUUUGAGGGAUUACGUGGACGGACUUCGCUUAGCAUGGCCGGAACUCGUCCAGGACAGGAGGUGCGAGAUCGAAGUAGGACCAAGAGAGGUGGAAUAGAGGUAGCAAUGAAUGCGAGCCGUACUGUGGACUGGAAGUCUGGAGCAAUUUGGUCAGGCUAGAGUGUGGUCCGCGUCUUACAGAUGGCCGUCAGGCUGCAGUCUUAUUUAAUCUAGCAAUUUGAAAUAUGCG